GGAGGGGGCGUGUUCGACCGUCAUACGCAAGUUCUGAGCGCGCAGUGCCUCUCUCUACGGAGCCCAGUUUGAAGCAGGAGUAGUCAUGUCAGCGAGCGGGUGUGAUCAGGGAGCUGGGGCACAGAAUGGAGGUGCCCACAGUAGCAAAGGAGUCCCCGCUCCGAGUGUUGGCAACAGAGUUACUGUGGUGCUCGGUGCUCAGUGGGGCGAUGAAGGAAAAGGAAAGGUGGUGGAUUUACUGGCUCAGGACGCGGACAUAGUCUGUAGAUGUCAGGGCGGGAACAACGCGGGGCACACAGUAGUGGUCGACUCGGUCGAGUACGACUUCCACCUCCUGCCCAGCGGAAUCAUCAACCCAAAGGUCACGGCCUUUAUCGGUAAUGGUGUCGUUAUUCACCUUCCAGGCCUCUUUGAAGAGGCUGCAAAGAAUGAACGCAAAGGAAAAGGUCUUGAGGGGUGGGAGAAGAGGCUGAUCAUCUCCGACAGAGCACACAUUGUGUUUGACUUCCACCAAGCAGUCGAUGGGGUUCAAGAGCAACAGAGGCAACAGCAAGCAGGAAAGAAUCUGGGGACAACGAAGAAGGGUAUCGGUCCAGUGUACUCGGCCAAAGCUGCACGCAGUGGGCUCAGGAUAUGCGACCUGCUGUCUGACUUCCAAGACUUCUCCGAGAGGUAUAAGGUCCUGGCGCAGCAGUACAAGUCGAUGUACCCAACGCUGGAGAUCGACAUCGACGGGGAGCUUGAGAAGCUCAAGACUUAUGUGGAGCGGUUGAAGCCUAUGGUGAGAGACGGGGUGUACUUCAUGCACGAGGCUCUUCACGGCCCCCCAAAAAAGAUCCUUGUAGAAGGGGCCAAUGCAGCCUUACUGGACAUUGACUUCGGUACGUAUCCUUUCGUGACCUCGUCCAACUGCACGGUGGGCGGCGUGUGCACGGGGCUGGGCAUGCCCCCGCAGAACGUUGGCGAGGUGUACGGCGUGGUCAAGGCCUACACCACCCGCGUGGGCAUCGGAGCUUUCCCCUCAGAACAGAGCAACGAAAUCGGCGAGCUGCUCCAAACGAGAGGCGGGGAGGUGGGCGUGACCACUGGCCGGAAGCGCAGAUGUGGUUGGCUGGACCUGGUGCUCAUCAAAUACGCCCACAUGAUCAACGGUUUCACGGCUCUAGCCCUCACUAAGCUUGACAUUCUGGACGUGCUGGCUGAGAUUAAAGUGGGCGUAGCCUAUAAAGUGGAUGGAGAAGACAUCCCUCACUUCCCAGCCAAUCAGGAGGUGCUUCACAGGGUUGAGGUCCAGUAUGAGACUUUGCCCGGCUGGAACAGCGACACGUCCGCGGUGCGGACCUUCGAGGAACUCCCGGAGAACGCCCAGAAGUAUGUCCGCUACGUGGAGGAGCAUCUAGGCGUGCCUGUGAAGUGGAUCGGUGUGGGCAAGGCCAGGGAGUCCAUGAUCCAACUGUUCUAAGUUUCCCCUCGUCUCAAGCCCCCCUCUCUCUCUCUCUCUCUCUCUCUCCCGGCCUCGACCUCACACAGAAACCCACACCCAGGGUGAUGGGGUAGGAGGUGUGUGUGUGUGUGAGACAUCUGUGUGGCCCAACUGAGUGCAGAGGCAUCACCUCCUCAUCUUCACCCUCCUCUUCCUCGUUGGAAACCAGUGAACCUACACAUAUGGACAUGUGGACGCAGAUGGAGGGAGACUGAUGGACGCUUUUUUGACUCUGUUUUGUUUUUUGGGAGGGGGGGACAGUCCUCUCUUCAUGCCAAUGAAUGUUUGCCCAGUUUGCUCUAGUCUCUCUCUCUCUCUCUCUCUCUCUCUCUCUCUCUCUCUCUCU